CCCCCCUUCUCCUCUUCUGGAGGAUGUUGCUGAUCAUCGCUCCCUCCUUCCGCCGCUGCCUCUGUGCCCUACGCCUCUCUACAGCCACGCACACGGCGAGCGCGUCGAGGAGCAGGAUGGCCGUACGGAUUCGAUCUCACUGAAGGAAAUCUCAUGUAGAUGCCGAGCCAGAGGAGAGUCCAGGGAGCAGCAGCAGCAGCAGCAGUAGCAGUGGGACCGUCGCUCUCUCCUCAGCACCCACUGAAGCCCCCCCACAGGUCUUGGCCGGAGCGCCAGGAGAGGAAACAGACAGUGGCUCCUGCUCUGACUCAGACACUUCUGUAGACUCCAGGUCCUACACGGAAGAGGAAGACGAGCAGGAAGACGAGGAAGAUCCCGAUAUGUUUUCCUCCAAAUUCCUCAGUGGGACCAACCCGUUGAGUGCCGUGUCGACUGCUGUCAACAAGUUUGGUCUGUUUGGUGAUGACGUGGAUGGGGAUAAAAAACAGAAAAGUGGAGAGCAGCAGGCAGGUGUGGGCCCAGCGAAAGGGCAACCACAACAGAAAGGACCCGCAAAACCCAACCAGGGUGCUCCUGUGCAGAGGAGCCAGCCCCCUGCAAAACAAGGACAGCCGCAACUGCACGGCAAUGGACAGGCCGGACCCCUGAAACAGAAUGAAGGUCAACCAAAAGGCUUGCAGCAACAAGGUGCAUCCAAGCCUGAGGAUCCACCGCAGGCUCAUGGAGAUCAAUCCCGGCGACAGCAACAACAGGGAUCCCCUAAACCAUCCCAGCAACAAUCAGGACCGCCUAAGCCAUCCCAACAACAGCAGCAGUCCCCUAAACCAUCCCCACAACAACAGCAGUCACCUAAACCAUCCCCACAACAACAGGGGUCCUCGAAACUAUCCCAACAACAGUCAGGGCCGCCUAAACAGUCUCCGCAACAAGGAUCACCUAAAUUUUCCCCACAACAACAGAGCACCCCCAAAGCCCCACCACAACAGGCCUCGUCCAAUGCAAGAGCAUUACAGACCGCCCAGCAGCGAGGUCCAAAAGGACCUGCCACGCCAGACCUCAAGCAAGGCUCUUCAGUUUGUCCAGUUUGCAACACCACCAAACUCAACGUACACACCAAGGAAACACCAAACCAUAAAACGUGCACGCAGUGCAAAACUCAAGUGUGCAACCUGUGUGGCUUCAGCCCUCCUGACACCGAUGCAUCCGAGUGGCUUUGUCUAACCUGCCAGAUAAAGAGAGCUGAAGGACCACCAGUGAAAAAGCCAAAUCCAUCCCCUUCUACAACGCCAUCACCUGCUCCAUCAGGUUCAACCAACAGAACACAAAAUAAAUCAGCAGCCAAAAGUGAAGCUCCCAAAAGCCAAGCAAGUCCCAAACACGUCGUAACAAACCCCCAGAAACAGCAACCAGAAAAACGUGGUCCAGCAACAACUAAUGAACGGGAAUCCGGAGGCUUAUUUGGCUUUGGUGCUUCUAAAACAGCAAAGCCUGAGGAGACAGUGACUGGCAAAAUGUUUGGAUUCGGUUCUUCCAUUCUCAGCUCUGCAUCGACGCUGAUAACCUCAUCAGUUCAGGAUGAGCCCAAAAACACACCGCCGGUUUCUCCCAAAGUACAGACCAAACCUGCUGUCGUCCAGGAAAAGAAACUGCAACCGGAGCAGGCCAGUGUUCCUCCUGGAGGACUUUCUCCAUCUGACCCUUCGCAAUCACCCGGGCACCUUCCUAAAAAAGGCCAAUCCUCUUGUCCUCUUUGUAAGAUGGAACUCAAUGUGGGCUCUAAGGACCCUCCCAACUACAGCAGCUGCACAGAAUGCAGGAGUACUGUCUGCAACCAAUGUGGAUUUAACCCCAUGCCAAAUGUUAAGGAGGGCAAGGAGUGGCUUUGUUUAAAUUGCCAAGUGAAACGUGCGACGAAAGGAAACAAACCUCCGAUGGACACCCCGUUGGCUAGAUCCCCAUCAAAAAGAACACCUGGAGAGCAUUUACCGCAAAUGACUCCUGCCCAGUCAUCCAAGGCUGAAGAUGUUAAAGCACAAGACAGUCAGAAACAGGCCAGCUCAGCUCCUGCUCAGAAAACACGGCAGGACAACAUGAAGGCAGAUGUGCAGAAAAAAACUGAGCAGUUACAAAAAGAGGCCAAUGCCACUGAAGCUCCACAGCAAGAGUCAGGUGGUUUCUUUGGUUUCGGCAGCCCUAAAAAACAGCUCGAUGCUACUAAGCCUACCGAGACAGUGACUGGGAAGAUGUUUGGAUUUGGUUCCUCCAUAUUCAGCUCUGCAUCCACAUUGAUGUCCUCCGCUGUGCAAGAGGAACCAAAACCCACACAGGCUUCUCCCAAGUUGCCUGCUUCGAAAGAGUCCCCAUCUGUUAAAAAACAAAAACCAGAUAAGAAAACAGAACAAAGCCAGCAGUUGAAAGAAGACAAGCUUUCAUUGGAGCCAUCGAAGAAAGUAUCUCCUCCCCAAGUUAUUUCCAAACCUGUCCAGUCAUCAUGUCCUGUCUGUAAAUCGGAACUCAAUGUUGGUUCUAAAGAUCCCAACUACAACACCUGUACAGAGUGUAAAAACACCGUCUGUAACCAAUGUGGAUUUAACCCUGUGCCAAAUGUGAAGGAGGUCAAGGAAUGGUUAUGCCUCAACUGUCAGAUGCAACGUGCCCUCGGUGCAUCAGAGCCUCCGGGAAUGCCCAUGAUGAAACCACAGGUCUCGCCAAACAAAGUUCCUACAUCUGCGACCAUCCCCAAGACGGAAAAACAGCAUACAUCUCAAACAAAAGAGGAGCCAACACUUGCUGAGUUCAAAGUGAAGGACACACCUGCAAAAGAAUCUGCAAAGAUAGACAUUGCAAACCAGAAAACUCUCAUUUCAGCUUCGGGCCCAAAAGCUCAAUCAGAAGACCAGAAGAAAGGACCCCAGAAGCCCUCGGAAGCAACAAUUACAACUGAACUUAAGCAGACUAAUUCUGCUUCAAAGGCACAAGAGUCCCAUGGUCCUAAAUUACAGUCUGAUGCAGUUACGUCCAAUGACUCAAUAGGCGGGAAAAUGUUCAGCUUUGGUUCCUCUAUCUUCAGCUCUGCAUCCACUUUAAUCAACUCAGCAGGUCAUGAAGAGCCUAAAAUGACACCUCCACUUUCCCCAAAAAUACCUGCCGCAAAGGUGACCAAAUCAUCUGUUGCCCAGGAGAAAGAAUGGGAGAAGAAACAGGAGUCCAAGUCUUCUAAAAUGUUACCAUCUAAACCUCCAUCAGAUCUUUCAAAGGCUGUCCCCCAGGCCUCGUCCAAAGAAGGCCAAUCUUCUUGCCCUAUAUGUAAAGCAGAACUCAAUUUUGGCUCAAAGGAUCCUCCCAACUACAGCAAAUGCACGGAAUGUAAAAACACUGUUUGCAGCCAGUGUGGAUUUAGUCCAGUGCCAAAUCUGUCAACGGUAAAAGAAUGGCUAUGUCUGAACUGUCAGAUGCAAAGAGCUCUGAAUGCAUCUGAACCUCCAACAAACCCCCCCAGUGCAGUAAAUAAACCACCUCCAUCAUCCAUACCUCAGAAGACAACUGUUUCAAAUGAAGUUGAAACAACCAAGAAGGAUGUAUUAAAAGCUGAUGUGCUUCCGAAAAUGCAGACCGCAGCGUCUGAUAAAAAGAAGGUUUCUGCACCGAGCACACCACAAAAAAUCCCAUCUGUAACUGCUAAAGAACCAGAUCAGAACAAACAUGGUGCCCCACUUAAGGACCAGGAGCCUCAAAUGAAGUCUGGCCCUCAGAAACCAUCAGACCAGGCCACUGAUUCUGGACCAAAACAGAGCAAAGUCACUUCAGAUGCCCAGAAAGAGUCAUCCAACCUGUCUGGCGCGAGUAGCCUGAAAACCACUUCUGAUGCUUCCAAAACAACAGACUCAAUUACUGGGAAGAUGUUUGGUUUUGGAACUUCCAUUUUCAGUUCAGCAUCCACUCUGAUAUCAUCAGCUGUUCAGGAAGAGUCACGCACGACACCGCCAAGCUCUCGCAAAAUGUCUGCCCCAGUGCAGGUCUCUCCAAAGAUGGCAGCUGCGCCCAAGGUUUCUCCCAAAAGUACACCAACAACUUCUCCCUUCAAAGCACCACCGAAAGAUUCCGGAAGUCUUUCUCAGGAAGUCAAGAAAAAUAAAGAAUCAGAUCCGAGCAAGCAGGAUAAAGUUUCAUCACAGCCAGCAAAGGAAGCCAUAGUGUCCCAUACCCAUCUUAUCGAAAACUGUCCGCUAUGCAAUGUAAAAUUAAACAUUGGCGCUAAAGAACCUCCAAAUUACAAUAACUGCUCUGAGUGUAAGACCACUGUCUGUGACAAAUGUGGAUUUAACCCUCUGCCCAUUGGAAAGAAAAAGGAAUGGCUGUGUCUUACCUGUCAGAUGAAAAGAGCGGUCGAAGCAUCUGAGCAACCGGCUUCUCAAAAACAAGAACAAGUGCCAGCUAUGAUCAAGUCAACAGACAACCCCAAUCCUAUGACCUCGCAAAUAAAGACAAAUACGGAUUCUGCUGAGACAUCACAGAAAAAGUCAUCCACAAUUUCAGUUCAGUCAAAAAAACCUGAAACUUCCACUACAUCAGUGAAGUUGGAUAGCGCAGCACCUGAUGCUAAAACGCAACAGAAAAACGAGAAGCCCAUUCCUGAGAAACCAUCAGAUCAGAUAAACCAACCUGGGCGUAAGCAGAGCAAUGCCACUGCAGCAAAGCAGCAGGAGACCGGAGGAUUUUUUGGCUUGGGUGCUACAAAAUCCAAGCCAGAUGUAGACAAGCCAACCGAUUCAGUGUCAGGAAAGAUGUUCGGGUUUGGCUCCUCAAUCUUCAGCUCGGCGUCUACAUUAAUAUCAUCGGCUGUUCAGGAUCAGCCCAAGACCACUCCUCCAGCUUCUCCCAAAAAGUCCCCUGCAAAAGAGCUUAAAUCCGAUAAUUCUCACAAUCGGGAGCCACAGAAGAAGUCACAGUUGGGAACAGCACCAUCAUUAGGUCAGACUAAAGGAGAUAAUGACACACCAAAACCUCCAAAGGCUGUAGAAGCGACUAAGUCAGCUGUCAUACCAGGUUCUACAUGUCCGCUCUGUAAAGAUGAACUUCACCAAGCCAACUCCAGUACUUGCACUGAAUGCAAAAACACUGUAUGUAAUAAGUGCGGGUUUAAUCCCAUGCCAAAUGAAGCAAAGGUUCAGGAGUGGCUGUGUCUCACCUGCCAAAUGCAGCGUGCUUUAGGUGCGAGCCAACCCCCAGGAGCUAUGACUAAAAACUCUCACGUUCCUGCAAAAGCUGAACCCGAAAACAAAGUGACAUUGACACAAAGCUCACCUCAAAGACAACCAACGGCUGGGACAGCAAAGCCUGCUACAGCUUCUUCGAGUGCUAACAAGUCAGAUGGUCUGAAAGACAAGAUUCCUGCAUCUGUUAAAACGACUCCACCAGACCCUCAAAACAUACCAGGUGUCAAAACAUCACCAAGCCAGACAAGGCAAGCUGAACGUAAAGAUGGCAACGCCACUGAUUCAGGAGGAUUUUUUGGUUUUGGAGGCAGUAAAACCCAUCCUGACGCCUCAAAGCCUGCAGAAUCAGUGACUGGAAAAAUGUUUGGCUUUGGAUCUUCUAUUUUCAACAGCGCCUCCACUUUGAUCAACUCAACCCCACCAGUUUCGCCCAAGAUGUCCCCCACGAAACAGAGUCAACCCCCUUCUGUCCAAAAGAAGGAACAAGAGACAAAACUGGAUCAAACUCAGCCACCUAAAACAACUUCAUCCGAGCAAACCAAAGUGGAUACAUCUCAAAAAGAUGCCCAAUCCACUUGUCCACUAUGUAAGGUUGACCUCAACAUUGGGUCCCAAGAUCUCCCCAACUAUGACACCUGUACCAAUUGCAAAUCUACUGUCUGUAAGCAAUGUGGAUUUAAUCCUAUGCCGAAUGUAUCAGAGAAAAAAGAGUGGCUGUGUCUGACAUGCCAAAUGCAAAGAGCUUUCUCAGCAGCAGAAGCAGUGGAGCCACCAUUGAUGAAACCUCAGCCAUCACCCAAGAAAGAGACAUCACCUGAUCCUACUUCUAAUCAAAUUAAAGAGACAAAUUCAACUCAGAAAGCAGAUGCUCCAAACAAAAAACAGACAGAAGAAACAUCACCAAUAACUUUACAAAAGUUAGAAGACAGCUCAGGCAGUGUCUCACUAGCAACAAAGCAGAUUAAAACUGUUUUGGCACCUAUGAAGGAAGGUCAAAUGUCAUUGGCAUCUUCAGCUGAAGAGACGCGGACUGCAAGUCCACUUACUGAUAAACCACUGACUGAUCCAGCUCCUCCUGUUAAGACAGAUGUUGAAUCUUCUCUGAAGAUAGAUGAUCAUCUUGUAUCUAGCUCCCUUUCAACAACCAAGUCAUCAGAUAUGCAAGUGCAAGGAACGGAAAUAAAAUUGAUGGAUCAAGUCGUCAAAAUUGAUAAUAAUAAAGAGCUUCCCAAAACUCCUAACAAGGAACCUAACCUUGGUGAAGACGUAGUUCCCACAUCUGCUCCCUCAACAGUACAACCAAUUAAAGACAAAGUGAUUGAUACCAAGAAAUCUCAGGAAGGUGUCUCGAAAACAGCCGAGGCAGUGACCGGAAAGAUGAAGGGGUUUGGGUCAACGCUCUUCAGUUCAGCAUCGUCUUUGAUAACCUCUGCCGUUCGUGAGGAACCUCGCACGACACCGCCAAGUUCUCGUAAAAUGUCUGCCCCCGCACAAAUCUCAGAUAAAGUGUCAGCAUGUCAGAUUCUACCAGUCAUGCCAAGCCCUGCCGUCUCGCCACGCAAAACAUCCAUGACAGAGGUAAAGUCAGCUGAAGAAAAGACAUCAGAACAAGUCAAAGCUGCAGACCAAUGUCCACAAGAACCUUCAGAAGUAGAGAACUCCCAAGCUGCUCCCAAAGCGACACAACCUAAUUGUCCUCUUUGCAAGGUUGAACUUAAUAUGGACUCAGAAGAUUUACCCAAUUACAACACAUGCACUGGAUGUAAAUCCACAGUCUGCAACAAAUGUGGAUUUAGUCCUAUGGCAAAUAAAGCAGAAGGAAAAGAAUGGCUGUGUCUCAACUGUCAGAUGCAGAGGGCCCUUGGGGCUUCUGAGCCUCUUGGGCUUCCACUUAUAAAAUCUCAACCAUCACCGAGCAAAGAAAUGCCACCUGCCUCAAUGGAGAAAGAUGCUGUAACACCAGCUUCUCAGGAGGACACUAAAGCCAUUCCAUCCAACAAAAAGAUGGUCAGUGUUGUCACAACUAAAGAAAGUGAAUCUCAAGAUGAACCCACUGACAAGUCAACACCUGUGACUGCUUCAGUACCUGAAAAGAGUGGUCCUGAUGUAAUCAAUAAGUCUGAUGUUCCAUCUGUUUUACUUGAAAAGACACCUAACGUUCAAUCUGGAUCAGCACAGAAGAAGCUUCCAGAAACUGUGACCUCUACUGUAAAGGUUGCUCCGCCACCACCAGAAGCAGCAAAAACAGCACCCCAACCUGCAAACGCUUCGAAAUCUCCUGCCAAAUCUGUACCCCCACCAACAGCUCAACCUGCAAAGCAAGAAUCUGGAGGCUUCUUUGGUUUUGGUGGUCCUAAAAUACAACCUACUGCAUCCAAACCUGCUGAAUCUGUGACUGGGAAGAUGUUUGGUUUUGGAUCAUCCUUCUUGAAUUCAGCGUCCAGUUUGAUCAACGCCGCUGUUCAAGAUGAAAGUAAAACGACGCCACCAACCCCACGCAAGAUGUCCACACAUGCCUCCCCGAAGACAACACCACCUGCCUCUCCUAAAACAAUACCUGCAAAAGACACCAAAGCACCAACUCUCCAGAAAAAAGUGGACGAAAAACUACCGGUGAAAACGACUCCACCCGUUAUACAGGAUAAAGUUGCUAAAGCAACAGCCGUAUCUACCAAGGCACCAAAAGAUACUCAGGGGUCUCCAAAAGCAGCUGAGUCCACAUGCCCACUCUGUAAGGUACAACUUAACAUGGAUGGUAAAGGUGCUCCCAACUUCAACAACUGUACGGAAUGCAAAAUGACUGUCUGCAUUCAGUGUGGAUUUAAUCCAAUGCCCAAUGUAUCGGAGGUACAAGAAUGGCUAUGUCUGAAUUGUCAGAUGAAGAGGGCACUUGGAGCUUCAGAGCCCAGUGGACCUUCUGUGGUGAAACCACUGCCCACACCAGUCAAGCCUUCUCCCGCAGCCUCAGAGCAAAAGGAUAUAGUCCAGCCAGAAAAGUUAAUCAAAAAAGAGGGCAACCAAGGAGAGGAUACGGCUCCCCAGAUUGUAACACCAAAAAAGACGGAUUCAAAGUCAAAAGAUUCUUCAGGUGAUGACCAAGGAAGGGCCCAGGAUGUGGCCAAGCAGACACAGCAAGCUGGAAAACCACAGCAGGUAGAUGAUUCAGAAACUCCAAAAUCAGAAGUCAAGGCAAUUGCUUCAAAACUGGCAGAUGGAAAGUCAUCUCAACCACCUUCUGAAUCCAAAAUGACUGCUGUCAAUUCCACAACACCGUCUGCUGUGUCUGCAAGGAGAGACUCUGGAAAUGUUUCUCAAACCCCGAAACCAGGAAUAAAGGCUGUUGCUGCAAAACCAGCAGAUGAAAAACCACCUCAACAGCCUUCUAAAUCCCAAACCCCUUUAAAAUCCACACCACCACCACCUGCGUCUGUAAAGAAGGAGUCUGGGGGAUUCUUUGGAUUCGGUGCCCCCAAAACGCAACCUGCUUCUGCUGCAAAGCCCGCUGAGAGUGUCACUGGUAAAAUGUUCGGAUUUGGCUCUUCUAUUUUUAGCUCUGCAUCCACAUUAAUAACAUCCGCUGUUCAAGAUGAGCCCAAAACAACUCCCCCAGUCUCUCCAAAGAUGUCCCCUGCAAAGGCUGAACCAAAACCACAAGCACCUCAACCAGGCAAACCUGCUCCAAUGGCCCAGUCUAAAGUUGAGACGAAGCCAUUAGAAACCACGGAAGUGUCAGGAGAACCCAAAGCAGAUAUGCCCACCUGUCCACUGUGUAAGGUUGAACUCCAUGUGGCCUCCAAGGAAGCUCCAAAUUACAACACUUGCACCGAAUGCAAGAGCCUUGUGUGUAACCUCUGUGGAUUUAAUCCCACGCCUCAUACAGGAGGGAAAGAGUGGCUGUGUCUCAACUGCCACAGCCAAAAGGCUAUGUUGGGACAACUGGGAGACUCAAGGAAAAUUUCUCAGCCUUCACCGAUAUCGACACCACAAGCGACCCAAGUCAUACUUGCAACCAAAAACGUAGAGCCCAAGCUAGGCUCUGCAAAGGUCGAGCCUGCAAAUGUAAUUCAAAAGACGCCAAGUACGCCAACCACCAAGAGUGUAACGACAGGACCAUCAACAAAAUUGGAAACGCCAGAAGUGGUAGCUUUGACAAAGGCGGAGUCUUCAUUUUUACCUAAAACAGUGAAGGAUACGCCAGUUCAAGAGGAAAAACAGCAUUUAGUUGAACCUGCGGCAGAAACUGUGCAAUCAAUAUUGGUCUCUGAACCUACAUUGCCAAGCACAGAUGUUUCCAAUAGUGCAACAGUCGACAGAGACGCAGAAUUACAGAAAGCAGAGGCAAGUGGGAAAGAAAUUCCCCAAAUAUUAAAACCUGACCUCUCAGAAGUAACAGCAGAAGUUUCUGCAGAGGAAACAAAGCAUCCCUCAUCAGAGCCGAUUGCUGUCGAAAUGCCAAGUACCGGAGACCAAAUUAAAGUAAGUGAGCCUAUAAAAUCUGCUCAGAAAGUUCAGGUUCAAGAGCAGUCUGAAGAACCAUCAGAUGUCUUACAGUUGGCACCAACUGACAGCCAUAAAGUUGUGGAAAAAUCAGUUGAAAAGAAGACUAACAUGGCCCUUCUCCCAAAGCCACAGUUAGAUUCUACAAAGGAGAUGACCAUGACAGUGGGAGACGAUACAGCAAAAGAGCCUAUAAAAUUGGAAAAAUCUCAUGAUGAACUUGGGAACCAAGUUGUGCCCAAGCCAGUUUCCAAGGCAACAUCUAAAGUUGAAGAUGCUCAACCCCAGAUAUUACCCUUGUCAGAGGAACCAAAUAUGGAGCAGGGUGUGUGCAGUGUGACUAAAAAUGACGCAGAGGAGGAGAAAAUCCUGCCAGAUAAGGAGGUUGUCGGAGGUGGGAAAAGGCGGCUUAGUUUUCCACCAAUGGAAGAGAGCAGCGGGAGUGAUUUCACCCCUUCACCCUCCCCUGAGAUUCAGAGGAGGAGACUGAAGGUGACCGAUGUAUCAUCUAUCAGUGAAGAAAUCAAAACGGAAAGCGCUGACUCGUCUGUAGAAGAUGAAGACUUCCUUCGCAGUCAGAUCAUGGAUAUGGGUGGCGAAGAGGAAAUGUCUCUCUCGGAGGAAGAGAAAGAAAGGAAAUUGUCCAAUGAGGAACUUAUCAAGAAAGCUGAGCUUGAUAAUGCUUCCUUAAAACGUAAAUCACUGUCAAGCAAAGGCUGCACAGACAAUGAAGGCACGCUAGUAUGGACAAAAUCCCCCCUAACGACAAGCGAGGCAACUACACAUGAAACAAUUCCCAGCACGACAUUAAAGAAAGCUAUUCCAGUCAUCAGACAUAGACAAAGCACUGAUGAAGAGGUAGAGAGCAUCACUGAAUCCCUGUCAAAGGGCUCAUCGAGCGUUCAAGCGUCUAGCUUCACUCCAGGGUCGUCACCUACAUCAGCAUCAUCUCUGGAGGAGGACAGUGAUAGCAGUCCGAGUCACAGAAGGAUUAGCGGGGACAAACAGUUUCGCAAGGGUAAACACAGACAUGCGACACAACCACUCCCCACCAUUGAAGACUCCUCAGAGGAUGAGAAAUUUCGCAAAGAAAAGAGCCAACUUAACGUGCAUGGUCAAUUGUCCUCCGAUCAAAGUACUUCCUCUGCAGAGGAUCUUAGACAAGCCAAAACAUCUGGUUCCGAGUACUGGGCGAGCAUAGAAUCAGAGCCAGAAUCAAAGCAGGCUGUACAGAGAGGAGGCAAACCUUCUCCAACAGUGAUACCAUAUAUUUCAUCUGAGCCAUUUGAAGAGAUGGAAAGUAUUUCAAAAUCAUUAAAGAGUGCAGAAGAAGCAUAUGAGGACAUUCUCCAGAAGGCCAAAGCUAUCCCAGGUGACAGCCCUCCAGGUGUUGAGCCGCUUUAUGGUGGCAUGUCAAUCGAAGACUAUCUUUAUGAAUCCUUGGUUGAGGAGCCGGAGAUAAUGAUGACUGACUUUGAAGUCAUCAAACAAGAAAUCAGCCCUGAACCUUUGAAGAAACUUAGGUCUCCAGAGGAGGUUUAUGAGGAGAUGAUGGAAAAAAAGAGGGAAUUGAUGAUGAUCGAACAAGAGUUUAAACAGGCCCAGACAGCAUUGGAAUCUGUCUCAUCUGUGUCUCCUCCAGAUCCCGAGACCUGUGUUGUAAUCAUGCCCACAGAAGUCUCAUCACACACUGGAGAAAGCAUGACUCCUAAAAUUGAACCUUCUGAUGAAGCGCCAGUCAAGAAGAAAAAACGGCCAGCUCCACCACGUCCCACUGAACCUCCUAAGCGAUCUGAGAUAACUGUUGUUCCAAGCACUACAUCUGGCUCAAUAGAUUUUGUUCGACCCAUGGUACCGCUUGAUCCUACACUUAGAAGAGCACUCUUCCCCAUACCUGACCUCAAAAUUACACAGUGUUCAUCAGGAGAAGACGAGGAUGACAGUCUACCAGAUGAGUAUGGUGUUGGUAUUUCAUCCGACAUUACACCAAGUGAUGAUUCCGAAACGAAAGAUGAUCAAUCCAUAAGCCCACCUUUGUCCGAGACAACCGAAAUGGAACCGAUAUCGCUGGUCUGUGAAGUCCCAGAAGCAAAACCUAUUCCAACUCCAAUAUUAGCCCCAGAACUGACCACGACACCUUCCCCUGUAUCGCCACAGUCACCACCAACUUCACCGGCCACACCCGAUUCCAGCAUGGAAUCUAAUGCCACGUCUUCAUCCUACCAGGCUCAAACACCUCAAUCAUCAGACUCAACGCCUCUUUCGACACCGACAGCUUCUUUCUUGACUCAAACCACUCGAGAGGGUUCAUCAUUCAUGUCCGCUAAAGAUGAAGAAUCUUCUAGAGAAAGCACUACAGUUAUAGUAGCAAUUCCAGAUGUGGUGUCUGAUCCAUCUAAAGCGGAAACAACUGAACCAGUCCAAGUUAAGUCAUCUGUUCCUGUACCUUUAAAGUCAGCCUCAGAGGAAACUCCUCCUCCAGUUAUAGUUGAAAUGCCAGACUUGGUUACAUCUCCCUCCCAAAUGCCCACUGAGGCUCCGUCAGUGCUAGAGGUCUCAACCUCAAGACCAGAGCCUGUCGCUGUCACAGCCAAACCAGCAGCUCAAUUUACUGGAUCACGAGUUACAAGUAGUUUUCAAGGCUCCGUUCCAUCUCCAGCUCUUGUGCCUACUUCAACUGUUCCAGUACCCUACCAAGAACCAGUAAUUGUCCAGAUGCCAGACCUAGUUUCGACUACAUCUCAAUUCCCAACAGAAACAUCUGCGCCACUCUCAACAAUCACAGCAAUCACUGCCCAGGCACAACCAACUGUUGUGCACUCAGUCCAGCCAGCAUCCAAAUCGAUGAUCCCUGUAUCCAUCCCAUCAACUACUAUCGUAAAAAAGAAAGUCCCACCUCCCCCUCCGCCGCGAUCAACAUCAGUUUCACUACCUGAGCAUGGUGGUAAUCAGCUACCGAUAAAGGGUGCUCAGAAUGUCUCCACCAUCGUGGCUUCCACUAUCACUACAGGAGUCACAGUUGCGGCCCAGCCAAUGCAGUCUGUAAUUGUGGAUAUACAGCCAAGAAUGGAGGAUAUGAAACCUGAUGAUGUGGCUGUAGCUCAGAUAGUGACCCCAACGAGAGCAGGGCAUGUGGUGAUCAUAGUGCCAAGUGUUGAAAACACAACUAGGAUUUCCCGAACUCUUCAAGACAGCACGGCAGCAUCUUCGGCAUCUCAGGUACCAACCAGUCAAACAGUCACACACCAUGUGAUUGAAAGUGCAUCCACAGAUUCAACGUUACGAUCUUGUACAGUGUCAGAAGUUCCACCACUCCCACCUAAACCUGCUGUGGGAACUAAUGUUACAGAAAUGGUUGAAAUACCUGUAGCUGAUACACCUCCACCACCUCCUUUGACAUUCUCAAAGCCCAAUAUUUAUCCAAAGCCUCCAGUUCCUGCUUCAGCAACAGCAUACCAGGUUUCUGUUGCAAAAGCUGGUGCUAGUCCUUCUUCCAAGGCUCCUCCACCAAUACCACCUAAGCCUGUAAUAAUUCCAGCUGGACUGGUUUUCAGCCACAAACCAGGAGAAAGUGUCAAACCACCUCCUGUUGUUGCACCAAAAGCUGCAACACUGCCGAGGACCAAAGCACCUCCAAAUGCCCUGUCACUCAGUUUGACUCGACCUGUAGAGAGUAAGUCAGGGGCAACAUCUCCCAAAUCACCGUUAUCUCCAAGGCAUUCCAAAUCUUUGAAAACAUAUGUGGUGAUAACUCUGCCGUCCGAGCCUGGUUCACCAACAGAAGUGAUUACAGUCCAGGCACCAAUAAGACGAGGAUCUAUUCCAGCUACAAAAGGGCCAGAAGUUCGAACCACCCCUUUAGAGCAGAAUACCCCGAGUCAAACAUUUUCAGCACAGGCCACUGUACGGAGGGCAUCGGUCCCCACUGUAAGGCAUCCACCCCCAAUAUCCAUGGCUUCCACUGUUCCAUUAGAACAAGUGUCACCCAAUAGUACGGCGGUCUCUAAAAUGCAGUCCGAAAGAGAUUAUUUUGUGGCAUACACUGAUACGGAAACAUUCAUUCAGGCCCAUAGUGUACCAGACCCAAUAAAGAAGCCAAACAUACCUGUGAUAAUGCAGCAACAACAAGCCAUUUAUCAGCCCUUGCCAUCAUCAACAAUGCAAGAAAACAUCUUAGAGACUUCAACAACAGUUGAGCUGAGUACAAGCUCUGCAAAAUCAUUGUCUGCCUUAGAUAUCACUCAACAUCAAAAAAUAGUCUCAGAAGGCAAGAUUUUAGCUGAAGUUCCUGUGGUCCAACUACAAACAAUGCCAACCCAACAGGCUCCCACUCAACAUGUCUCUCUUUUUCUAGAGCCUAGGUUAGCUUCAGAUGUAGUAAUUCCCAAGGAAAAUACAGUUUCAGUAUACUCUAGUGGUCUUUGCCUACAACAUGAAAUUGAAAUGGAAAAUGUACACCCCCAACCAGAAACUGCUGAUGGAAUCAUGAUCACAGAGACAGCACCAAGGUCACCAAUUCCAACGAGUCAACAGCUAUCUGCAGCAACUCAGCCAAUAAUACCCUAUUCUGCAGCCGGGUGGAGGGCCCCUCAACCACCUGUGACAGAACCACAAAAGGAUUAUGUCGUUACCAUUCCAGAUAUACCAACAUUGUAUCAAGAGGUUGCACCUGUUCCUGAAUUACUUCCUGCAUCUGUUAUAAUGGAGUCAAAUGUGAUACCGCAGCGAGAAGAGCCUCCUGUUACUUAUAUGCCUGAAGUCUAUGGAACAACAGCCAUGCCAUGUUCAACACCUCCACUUGAGGUCAUUGCAUUGCAACCAGACCCAACACAUAUUGAAACAAUGGAGGUCGCUGUGAGACAAGCGCCAUUGUCGUCCAUGAUACAAUCUCAGGCAGUGGAUUCAAUGUCACGUGACGUUACAGCUGAACAAACUUCAAGUGAAAGGAGGACCUCAAUAUCAUCCAUAGGAAAACAACCAUACAGCACAAGUGAAAUAUUUACCUUUCCUACAGAUUAUGAAGUGUCUGCCCAGGUUGUCAACACUGGGGCCUUUUCUGCCACAAGAAGACAGUCUUUAACCAUGCAGCAGCCCUUGGUAAUAAACAUGCCAGCGGAAAAAGAUAUUCCUGAUUAUGGGUUUAGCAGGACUGAUUCAUUUCCUCCAGUUGAACCACCACAGCUAUUACCAUAUUCAUCUGAAUAUGAUCACCCACUAGAGAUAAUAAAAACAGAGGCGUAUAAAAGGAGAACCUCAAUACCUGCCGCACAGGACAUCCCACCCAGUGGAGCCAUUGCACCCAUCACCAUCACUAAAAUUCAGCAAGAGUCCAUUGAAAGCCAAGAGAUUCGAGGACCUGAGAAAGUUGUCUCUAGUUUGAGUCACAAGUACUCUUCUUCAGUUUCAACUACAGGUCAGCCUGCUGAAAUUCAGCCGAGCUUAGUCACCCAAGUCGUCACCACAGAGGUCCAGAGAACUACUGUGUCUGUUGUCCAUGAAAGACUUCCACAACAUUCUCCCCCAAACAUAGCUGCCACCAUAAAAUCAGAUGAAAGAAAAUACCAAACUCACCCUAAGCAAAAUGAAAAGAUAAUCUAUCGUGGAGAUGUAAUGGAUCUACGCACCAUGAAGGUUGGCGAGAAGAUGACUGAACAAGGCAUGGAUUUGACUCCACCAGAGUUAUAUCGACAGUCAUCCAAUGAUUCUGUGCGUCAAAUCACAGCUGUGCAGCCAAAAAUAAUCAAUCUUAGUGCCGAGGUUGUCCCUGCAACUACACUGGCUCUAGUAACUGACAGCAUCACAAUCGUCACAUGCACGGCAACCAUUGCUUCAUUCGGCAACCCUCCAGCAGAGAAACCUCUCGACUUGCAGGGGCCUGUUACAUCCUUACCCUUGCCUCUCACCACAUACAAACCAUGCGAACCAGUAGCACAAAUUGUCUACACACCAGUGAAUGCCCAGCCUGUAGUUGUUGCUGUACCAUCCACAGCUCAAGACAUACCAAUUAAUCUUUCAUAUGGAGCACUCAUCAGAGAAGGCAAACAAUCGGUUACGUCUGCCGCAACAGAUAUCAACAACGUUCUAUCUUUGGAGGCAACAGGUGCCAUGGAUUUGUCCAACUAUAGACCAGUAAGGUCGAUGGUAGCUUUAUCCGGAACAAGCCCUGAAGUAAUAACCACUGUUGUUGAGGAUGAUGAGACACCAGUUGACCUCACAGCUGGUAGAAGGAGUGUAUGCUGUGAUGUCAUAUACAAAUUACCCUUUACAGGAAGUUGUCGAACACAACCACCUGUCACAACUCAGCCCGACAACCGUUUGGUCCACAGAGAUGCCAACCAGUAUGAUGAUGCUGGACAGUACGUUCUCACAGGUGUAAAUGGUGAAAAAUCGUCAAUACCCGAGGCCAGCCUCAGAGAGGUACGACUCUUUCCCUAUGAUCCCAACAAAGACUAUGACUACCUCAAUGGAUCUACAGAUGGAGCUAUAGAUCUCACUGCCACCAAACUUCCGACUGGUAAAGCUCUAGACUACACUAGCAAAGCUACAUCAGACUUUGCUGGAGUGACUUCUCCAUCUUCUCAGGACACACUCACUGUGUUUGGUGUCACCAGUGGUCUAAGAACUUCAGAGGGAAUAGUUUACUCCUCUGUUUCAGCCCCUGUUCCAUCAACAUAUGCUGUUACCACACAACCUGGCUCCAUCUUCAGCUCUACGUUAGUGCCCACAUCAACAGCCCAGAAUCAGGCUGUGCCCCAACAGUUUGGCUUCAUCCCUCCCACAGACCACGGUCAAAUUAUUCCUUAUGACACAGGGGUAGCAAAGGAAUUUCUACCCACAGCAUUGGCCGACAUCAUAACAGGGUAUCCAGAAAUGUAUUCAGAUGCCACAUUGGAAGCACUCGCAGCUUCUCUAGAUGCGUUAGCCUUGUCUCCAAUAUUCCCAGGUUUAGACAGCACCAAGAUGGCUCAAUACCAGAUGGAGAGGGAGUUUCUAGAGCUAGAGAAGCUUAAACAGCUCUGUCUUGCUGAGGAGUUAGAGUGGGAGAGACAGGAGAUCCAGCGCUAUCGUGAACAGGAGCAACUUAUGGUGCAACAAGAGCUUGAGGAGCUCCAGGCUCUAAAACAACAGCUUCUCAUGCAACAAGAAGAAGAACACCAUGCUCACAUGAUGGCCCAACAGGAGACAUAUACUCAGCAGAAAGAGCAAUUGCAGCAAAUCCAACAACUCCAGCUUCAACUCCAACGGCAGUUAAAUGAGCACUAUGUUAGUACAGGUACUACCACAAACCUACUUGAGGCCAAGUAUGCAGGAGUAGGGGACAGUGGACAGUACUGGCCUGUAAAGGAUGAGCCUUCAGGUCCAUCUAUUGGAAAACAAUUAGAGGAAAGUCAGGACCAGCAUAACAUCGGGAAGCGGCUUCAAAACAAUCAGGACACAGGCAGAAAAAUCAUUGACAGUGGGGUGCAGACAGACGAUGAAGACUCAGCCGAAAAGCAGCAUGUUGGAAGACGGAAGAAGAACAAAAGAAACGUUGAUAGUUCGGCUCAGAGUGAUGAUGAGGACCAAGACGAAUGGGAUGCUCCUGCAAAGUCUAGAAGACGUACCCGAAAACACAGUAGCGAAGGAAAACAUAGCUCAAAGGUGUCCAGCAUUGCUGUCCAGACAGUUGCUGAGAUAUCUGUUCAGACUGACCACUCUGGAUCUAUCAAAAGACCUAAAGUCCAGAUGGACACCAAGGUGGAAAUAAUCAAACAUAUCUCAGCUCCUGAAAGCUCUCGAAGAGGGGGCAGUCUGAGCUGUCAGACAGAAUCGGACAGAAGGCAUACACCUGCUGACGUGGGUUACAGCACACACCUCACAACUGAUGCCACUGCAAGGUCGAGAGGUUUCUAUACAUCAGUGGCCCCUCUAUCGCAUGAUACAUCAGUUGGAGGACAGAGAAUGCUCACUGCUGACCCAAGCAGAUUUUCCUCUUGUCCUCGGUUGAAGCCUGGUCAGAAGUCUCUGAGUCCUACCACAGAAGGCAGAAUGGGAGUCUACUAUGCUGACACAUAUUCAGGUCGAGGGUCCCCCUGUAGUACAGGUAAGAAGGUCAAACGGACACUCCCCGACCCACCUCCCGAAGAAGACCCGCUGAUGGGACGCGCAGGCUACAGCACCAACUCUGCCCGUCGUCGGCUUGCUCGCAGUACUACAAUGGCCAGGGCCAAGAUCCUGCAGGACAUUGACAAAGAGCUUGAUAUGGUAGAGAGGGAAUCUUCAAAACUACGCAAGAAACAAGCUGAACUGGACGAAGAGGAAAAGGAAAUUGAUGCAAAGCUACGGUACCUGGAGAUGGGUAUCAAUCGUCGAAAGGAGGUCUUGCUGAAAGAGCGAGAGAAAAGGGAGAGGGCCUAUCUCCAGGGGGUGGCAGAAGAAAGAGAUUACAUGUCAGACAGUGAGGUUAGCAACAUUAGAGAUGACAGAGGUGAUGGCCUGGAGAGGCCACGCACAGCGCCCCAAUCAGAGUUUGAUCAGUUCAUACCCCCGCAUACAGAAGCUGAUUCCCAGUACAACACACUCACAAGUCCCUACUCUCAUUACGGCCAAUAUGUCCCCCAGACUCAAACCACAAGCCAUUAUACCCAACACAAUCUGUAUGAACCGCAGUCUGUUUACCAUCAACAGGUGUCUCCGUACCAGCAUGUCUCAACACUUUCCCUCUCCCACAGUCAGGAUCAAUCAAGCAGCUACCAGCAUGCUCUGCUCUUACAACAAGGAAAGCAGCGUCAAACCAACAUGUCUGAUUUAGAGCCCAAGAUCUCCACUAACUAUGAGGUCAUCCGUAACCAGCCUCUAAUCAUUGUGCCGACCUCCUCAGAAAGCGGCUUUGGGGUGGCGCAUCUCGGAGGCAAAUACGGUAGCUUGGACUUGAGGCUCGGGCUAGAGGAGAGAAGCAUGGCCUCUAGUCCCAUGUCAAGCAUCUCUGCGGAUUCAUUCUACGCUGACAUCGACCACCACCAUGCCAGGAACUAUGUGCUGAUUGAGGACAUAGGAGAACUCACCAAGGGAUCCACAGGAUUGGGUACCUCUAGCUUGGGUUCUGGAUUUAACCUGCCUGAUAAAGAGCUAUCCAAGACAGACAGACUACUUAGGGCAGCUGAAGUCAGGCGCACAGAGGUAGCAGAUUUUUUAGGCCAGUCCCAACUUCAAGGUUAUGGUAAAGGAGAGGAAGACAGUAUGGAAGAGCCCUAUGAGUUAAAGCUACUUAAGCAACAGAUCAAGCAGGAGUUCCGUCGAGGAACUGAAGGACUAGAACAUUUAUCAGCCUUGGGCCUUCCCCAUUAUCUGUCCAGCGAUAGCAGUUUUCGACACUUUCCUAAAGGUGAAAAAUACAGCAUUGGAAGGCUCACACUUGAGAAGCAGGCUGCAAAACAACUCCCAGCUGCUGUAAUUUACCAGAAACAGAUGAAGAACAAAAAGGCUUUAAUAGACCCAAAGGCCAUCACCAAAUUUUCCCCUAUUCAGGAGAGUCGGGAUUUGGAGGCAAGUUUUGGCAGCUACAUGGGAUCCGGAGCUUCCUCUGUCACAAACCUGGCUGCCAGGGCAAGGCUUCUUCAGGAUGAGAUUACGUUUGGACUGAGAAAGAACUUAACAGAGCAGCAAAAGUAUUUGGGCUCCUCAGUGGGAGCUAAUCUUGCUGGUUCUCUGGGGCAGUCUCUUGGACUCGGGUCCACUAGUAGGGCUUCUGCCCAGGAUGAUGGUACCUAUCCAAGUGGCAGCCGUUCCAGACCAUCAUCUCGUCCUUCUUCCCGACCCUCCUCUGUCUAUGGCUUGGAUCUAUCAAUCAAACGGGACCUUUCCAGCUCCUCACUACGACUUAAAACUGAGGUGGAAGUGUUGGACGCAGCAUUUGGUCCUGGCGUGACCAGAACAAAGCCCACCAGUUUGCCUAUCAGCCAUAGCCGGGGCCGUAUCCCCAUCGUGGCUCAGAACUCCGAGGAGGAAAGCCCACUGAGCCCGGUAGGCCAGCCAAUGGGUAUGGCUCGGGCAUCAGCAGGACCUCUCCCACCAAUUUCUGCUGACUCCAGGGACCAGUUCGGCUCAAGCCAUUCCCUGCCAGAGGUCCAACAACACAUGAGGGAAGAAUCUCGAACUCGCGGCUAUGAUCGAGAUAUCGCAUACAUCCUGGACGACUUACAAGGUGCCAUGUCGGACAGUGAAGGACUCAGUGAGUCCGUGCUGGUGUUGAACAGAGAGGAAGCCAGAAUCUUUCAUGAAAGUAUCGCACACGCUGGAGGCCCAAACUGGAAUAUAGAAGCCUACCAUCUGAGACGAGAGGACACCGACUGGUUUGACAAGCCAAGAGAAGGACAGCCACAGGCCAGGCACAUGGCAGACAGGAGACAAAUGAAACUGGCCCCUUACGUCUUCCCUCACACUCGUAUCAAACUAACCAGAGACCAGAGGGACUCUAGCGUGUCAGGGAACGGUCUCGGGAUCCGGGUGGUCGGCGGCAAGGAGAUCCCGGGCAGCCGAGGGGAGAUUGGUGCCUAUGUUGCGAGAGUCAUCCCUGGUGGGGUCGCCGAACAAACAGGAAUAGUCAUAGAGGGCAUGCAGGUGCUGGAGUGGAACGGUGUGCAGCUGACGGGAAAGACCUACGAGGAAGUGCAAGGCAUUGUGGGGCAGCCAUGUGCAGAGGCGGAGCUCUGCGUACGACUCGACCUUAACAUGCUGUCCGAUCCCGAGCACCCACAAGUUCUGGAGCACCACGUCCAGCUUAAGGCUGGAGGCCAACGUUCUCCCGGCGUAGAUCCCAAGCAGCUGGCUGCUGAGCUGCACAAGGUUUCACAGCAGCAGGCGCCGGGUGCGAUGGGCACUGGUCUCGAAGGACCCGCCGGUCUGGGCGUACUGUCGGCACUGGAGCGAUCGGCUCUGCUGCAUUCUGGCCCCGGGUCAGCCACAUCCAGCGGGGUGCCCAGCCCCGGCCAGCCUGCGUCACCUGCCAUAAAUAAGAAACAACGACACAAGCCAACAGACAUGAUAAGGAUGUCUCAUCCCAUUACUGGAGAAAUUCAGCUGCAGAUCAACUACGACAGGAAUGUGGGGAACCUAAUUGUUCACGUGCUCCAGGCCAGAAAUCUGGCGCCGAGGGACAACGACGGCUACUCGGACCCUUUUGUCAAAGUCUACCUGCUGCCUGGGCGAGGCCAAGUAAUGGUUGUCCAGAAUGCAAGUGUGGACAACAAGAGAAGGACGAAAUAUGCCCAGAAGACCAUAAACCCAGAAUGGAACCAGACUGUCAUAUACAAGAACAUCCAUCUGGAACAGCUUAAGAAAAAGACCCUGGAGGUGACAGUGUGGGACUACGACAGAUCCUCAUCUAAUGACUUUCUGGGAGAAGUCUUGAUCGACUUGUCCAACACGACUCAGCUGGACAACACACCCCGCUGGUUUCCACUCAAGGAACAGAGCGAGAGCAUUGAGCACAGCAGAGCCCACCAGGGGGUUCAGGGGCCGCCCGGGUCUGGAGCCGGGCAGGGGCACGGUGCCCAAGGUCACCUGUCAGGGUCUGGCAUGGGGCCUGGGCACGGUAUGGGACAAGGGCCAGAGCAGGGAGAAGGGAACUACGAUUCACCCAUUAACUCUGUAAUCAAGAGCAGAAGCCAUGGAAUCUUCCCUGAUCCUUCUAAAGAUUCGCAGAUGUUGUCCUUGGAAAAGUCUCACAGCAGCCCAGGCAGCUCCAAGUCUUCCUCGGAUGGCCAGCUCCGUUCGCACGGGCCGUCGCGGAGCCAAAGCAAGAGCAGUGUCACCCAGGCCCAUCUGGAAGAUGCAGGGAUAGCCAUCGCUGCCGCCGAGGCUGCCGUGCAACAGUCCCGCCUGCAACCAAGACCAGGGCACCGUCUGGGCGAUGUCUCAGGGCCAGUGGUGCUGUCUGCCCCAAGUCUGGUGAGCGAUGCCUACGGGGGUGGUCUGGAUGGAGGGACUGGAGUGGACAGUGCCAUAUUUCAAGUCCCGCGCAUUGGUACGACAAUUCCCAACGGAACGGACAAAAACCACAUUGGAACUCCUGAGAAUGAAGGUGGGAAAACUCAAGUGAUGGGUGAGAUCAAGGUGGCCCUGAAGAAAGAGGUGAAGACAGACGGCGACCAGUUGGUCCUGGAAGUCCUGCAGUGCAGAAACAUCACUCACAAGUUCAAAAGUCCCGACCACCUACCAGACCUGUACGUGAAGCUGUACGUGGUCAACGUGGCCACUCAGAAGAGGAUCAUCAAGAAAAAGACCAGGGUUUGCCGUCACGACCGGGAGCCUUCUUUUAACGAGACCUUCCGUUUCCCACUUAACCCCACGGGACACUCGAUACAGCUUUUCCUGGUCUCCAACGGAGGCAAGUUUGUGAAGAAGACUCUGAUCGGGGAGGCCUACAUCUGGUUGGACAAGGUGGACAUGAGGAAGAGGGUGGUUAGCUGGCACAAGCUGCUCGUCAGCUCGGCGCCCAGCAACCUCUGAGCAGAUAAUGCAAUCAUAAUCAGAAUCAUCACCAUCAUUUCAUAAAGAAAAAACAUUAUAUUCAUUGACAUCCAUUCAGGGGGUUUGACAUGCUAUCAACUGCCAGCAUCAACUUGGACUUGUGUUAUCCUCAUAGCAGAAAUGUUGGAAUGGUUUGUGGCUUGGAGAGAGAUUAUACAGAAAAUAUAAAUACAUUUAUACACAGUAUAAUGCAGACAGAUGUGUUAAAUAAUAGCAUUUGCCUGUUGACAAUCUUGGAAAGGUUAUAGUAUUGCACGCGUUGAAAGACCCAGAAUGCUAAUUGUCGUUCUAGAAAUUGGAAACCACAUGCCGGCGAGUCGCGCUGGAAGUGACGUCAUGCAGUCAAGAUUGCGGGUGAAAAUGCAGCCUUUGAAUUUGGAUACAGCUAAUAUGCUCUGAUUUGUUCGGACUCAAAUCCGAAAAUGCUGAUUCAGUCUUGGUUUUCAACAGCCAGUUGACAAGUCAAGUCACCAUCAAUUUGUUCUCACAUUUUUAAUCGUUUUUCCCCAUUUGGGUUGCAGGCAGGAAGUCUAGUCAAUCUGACUUUGACCCAGGAUUGGUCGCCAGUUCAAUCAUAGAGGACAAAUAGGUAAAUAAAAAAUAUUUUCCAUUGAGCUUGCCCUCAAUAAGCGUCCAUGUAGACUUGACCAUAUCCUGACCCUGGAUUGGUCACCACUCAAUCACUCAUCUAGGCAAACACAUCAACUCGCAAUAUCUUGUGUCCUCAUUUUGAGUUUGGGUGAGCUGGAGGCUACCCAAGCUGACUUUGAGUGUGGAAGGACACCCUGGAUUGAUCACAAGACACAGACAGACAAACAAGCACUGACCUUCACUCCGAUUGAUACCGUAGAGACUUAGUCUUAGAUGAACCUAACAUUUACAAUUUUGUAAUGUGAUAAGAAGCUGUCGUACUGAAGCGAGGCCCUCUCAACUGUAAGGCAAAAGUCCUUACCACUACUACAAAAAGAAAUAUUGCUGAAGGAUCAAAUAAAUGUUCUUAUGAUACGUGACAGGUUGCCGUAGGGUCCCCAUACUUGCCCUCAAGACGUUUACGAGUGGCCCACGACAAUGGUCACAUGCAGUCAGCCUUUUGCACAUAAAGCAGUACCGCGGGGAUUGUGCCGACACUCGAGGAUGACUAGUGUUCGUUUAUCUCGUAUCAACACCUCCCUCCCGGUCAAGGUUCCUCUGUGUAUGUGUGUGUGCGUAUGUGAUACUCCCGGUGCAACAUGGUGAACCAGCCUACUUCACUGCCUGUGACCAAAAAACACACCGUGGGCACUUAAUUACAGUGCAGGUCAACCCUGUAUAAUGUCGUGACCAUAUUGAAAAAAAAAAGUCAUAAAACACAAAAAGCGUCAAUGUGCAUAUCACUAAAUAUGAAGAGGCUAAGAACAAGAUGUCACUUCAACAGCAAAAAAAAAAAAACUUGAAAAUAUAUUACAAUAAGAAAAAGAAGAUGAAGAUUUUUGUGGUAUCGUGCCAUUUUUUUUUGCUUCUUUUGAGGUACUUCUAUGCAACAUUUGAUUUUUUUUGUAAUUAUAUGUCUGUCUGUUGAAAAAUAAGGUCUAAAACAAAAAAGAAGGACGGAAAGUAUUUUAUUUUGAAAUGGAUUUGAAUCUAUUUAUAGGCGUGGAAGCUUGUGCACUUUAUGGUUUUCCUCAUUCAUGUGUUGUAAUGUUUCUGCACUGGAAUGAAUUGAAAACGUGACAGUAGAAUGUUUAAUGUGGCGUGUAUUUAUUUAUGUCUAUGUAGCAGAUUUUAAAGAACAACAAAAAAUAUAUAUGGAGAGAGAGAAAUAGAUGGGGGAGUUCCACAAAAUGGCAAUGCACAAUCUGACCGGCCCAACGCGAACAGCAGUCUACUGUAAAGCAAGUGAAAGCUUUGUUUCCAUGCAAAAUUCUCUCUUAAUGACUGCUUCCCGGUUCGAUUCUUCUUCACUGUUUGUCCAGUUGCCUGUUGAUCGUCCAAUCAUCCAUCUGCGUGAAUGUGACUUUGACAGUGUACAUAAAGUGUUUAUUUUCUACAGAGUGAAUGUUUAUUUUGUCCAAAUAUGAGCAUGCGAGGGGGUGCAAAAAGAGAUAUAAAUUAAAUGUACAGUAAUUAAUGCGUGUCUAUAGUUGUACAACAAAGAUGAGAGGGAAAAAUGUCUUCAUGUCGUGGAUGUUGCAUGUUCGGUCCAACACAUUAUGUAUAAAUUGAUCUGUAUGCUGACUGUAAAGAAAUAUGCUUGUAAAAUGGUCUUGUUUUUCCAACCAAAAAAUAAUAAUAAUGUAAUGGUUUUGUGGUUGUACACAGGAUGUGUUUAGACAUUAUGCAAAUUGUGCUGUAAAAAAAAUAAACCCCUCCACGAGUCAGACAGAAUAAAUAUUAAGAAGAGACUAUAUUACAAAUGCA